UUCCCUCCCUCCUCUCUUUCAUUCACUAAUCUCCACAGAAUCUUAAGAACAAACCCACCACUCUCACACUUGUCCAACUCUUACCUCAAAUAUCUGCAUUGUUUCAUUCCUUCCAUUUGUCUAAACACCCUGGAAACAGAGCCUCAGCUCUCUAUUUUCCAUCUUUCUCUCCUUUCCUUUUUAUGGUCCUGGAUUGGAGUGUGAGUGGCAUUCUCAUACAUAUAUAUGGCCGGGGCCUGGACAAGAACUCCCUGGAUUUGAUCGCUGAAUCUUGUAUCACUCCUCAUUUUUGUUCUGCUGUUCUUGAUUCUCCGGGCCUUUCUCUUUGAAAUAACUGAGAAAUGGCCGUCGAGAAACACGUUGUAUCAGUUCUAACAAUGGCAGGAGGAAUCCUGCACGAAAUCUUGAGUUUCAUCGUUUUUACUAUGUUAGACCUCCUGGAUUUCCUUCUUUGCUACGCCUUCAAGGUCGCGGAUGUUAUCAUGGAAGCUGAGCGGAAGCCUUGCUAUUGUUCAUCAGGGAAGGAAGCAAUCACCAGCAGCGGGAAGAUCCUGGUUUCCGAACAAGGGGAGUCAAAGAUAGUCAGUUUAACUUGCAGCAAGUUGCAGCUGGAGGAAAUCUCCGACACUCUCUACGCUCGCCCGUCGUGGGUUUCCAAGUUCUCGAAAUGCAGCUUUCUGCAGUCCUCGAAGAGGAUCAGCCGACGAAGUGCGGGGCCGGUUCGGCCUACGUUCACUGUUAAUCCGACCAUCGUUGAAAUGCUGCAAGGCAGGAUUGGGAGGCAGCAGAUGUUUCCGGUUCCUAGAUGGUCGGAUUGCGAUUGCAAGACUUGCACAUCUUGGACUUCGUCCUCCUGCAAAGAAACUCUCUUUGUGAAAGCUGAUGGUGCUAAAGACAUUGUGCAAGAAGAUGUGUUGUUCAUUCAUGGGUUCAUAUCAUCCUCAGCAUUCUGGACCGAAACACUGUACCCCAACUUCUCAAAGUCUGCGAAAUCCAAAUACAGAUUGCUUGCGGUGGAUCUGCUAGGGUUUGGGAGGAGCCCUAAGCCUACGGAUUCGCUGUACACGUUGAGAGAGCACUUAGAGAUGAUUGAGAGGUCUGUUCUUGAGGCGUACAAUGUCAAAUCUUUCCACAUUGUGGCGCAUUCGUUGGGCUGCAUUUUGGCUCUUGCUCUUGCCGUCAAGCAUCCAGGCUCGGUCAAGUCCUUGACGUUACUUGCACCGCCAUAUUUUCCAGCGCCAAAGGGUGAAGCAUCCGCACAACACAUGAUGAGAAGAAUUGCCCCACGGCGGCUGUGGCCGAUGAUCACAUUUGGUGCGUCAAUAGCUUGUUGGUACGAACACAUCACUCGGGCGUUUUGCCUUGUGAUGUGCAAGAACCACCGUCUCUGGGAAUCUAUCACCAGACUACUCACCGGAAACAGGGUGAGAACGUACUUGUUCGACUGCUUCUUUCUUCAUACACACAACGCUGCGUGGCAUACCCUACACAACAUCAUCUGUGGAACUGCUGGAAAGAUCGAAGGCUACUUGGACGAGGUCGAGAACAAAUUGAAGUGCGAGAUCACGAUACUUCAUGGGAAAGAUGAUGAGCUGAUUCCUGUCGAGUGCAGUUACAACGUGCAAUCAAGAAUCCCUAGAGCCCAUGUUAAGGUGGUCGAGAACAAAGAUCACAUUACCAUAGUCGUCGGAAGGCAAAAGGCCUUUGCUCGGGAGCUUGAGGGUAUUUGGAACAGUGCAGCAAGUGGCCAUAGGGUGUGAAUUUCCUUAGAAACUCAACAUGAAAAAACGUUCUUUUUUUGGUUCUCCGACUCCAUUCUCAGGACUCGAACCUAUGAUCUAUUUUUUACACGAACAAGUUGCAUCAUUAGGCCGCUUGAUCAUCCUUUAAACAUGACAAAAAUGGUUCUCAUUGAUUUUCAUCAAGAUUAGGGUAAGAAAAUUGGGGGUGUUUGGCAAGUUCUUUUUUUUCUUUUUUUUUUUUUAUCUGAUCCUUAAUUUCUUGUUCUCUUCUUAUGAACUUUAUAUAUGU